AACAGUUCUUGAAAGUGCUGACCGAUUUACUGUUAACUAAUUGUCUGUAAGUGAACAGAAAGGUUUACAGAACGGUAUACAAAGUAUAUUACUGACAUUUAAAUACUUGGACAAUGCUUGAGAUGAAUGAUGUGGAGGGAAUUCCAGUUCUUGUACUUCUGGUAGCAGUUUUAGUAAGGUGGUGUGUUUCACUGCAUCCCUACUCUGGACAAGGGCGCCCUCCAAUGUUUGGUGACUAUGAAGCUCAGCGCCAUUGGAUGGAGGUCACUCGAAAUCUGCCUUUGCAGGACUGGUACUACAAUACAUCGGAAAAUGACCUUUUGUAUUGGGGUCUUGAUUAUCCACCAUUAACUGCAUAUCAUAGUUUAAUCUGUGGCCACAUGGCGGACUAUAUAAACUCAGAAUUUGUUGUUCUACGGUCUUCACGGGGCUAUGAAAGUUAUGGACACAAGAUUUUUAUGAGAGCUACUGUUUUGAUAGCUGAUCUAUUCAUUUAUAUGCCAGCAGUUUGGUGGUAUUUUUGUUGCAGAAGGCAAUCAAAUAGUCUGAACACAGCUAAGAAUGUAAGAAAUUACAACACAUCGACGUUCACUGCAAAGGAAGAGAAACGUCUUACUACACACAUGGCAACAUAUUUGACUCUUAUUUAUCCUGGUCUUAUAUUAAUUGAUCAUGGCCAUUUUCAGUACAAUGGAAUUUCUCUUGGUGCAACAGUUGCAGCAAUUGCAGCCUUGAUUCAAGAAAGAGAGCUUUUAGCAUCUGUUCUUUUUUGUCUGUCCAUAAAUUACAAACAAAUGGGUCUUUACCAUGCUCUUCCUUUUUUUUGUUAUCUGCUUGGAAAUUGCCUCCCAAAACAAAAUAGGUCUGUUGUAGCUGGAUUUAUUAAGCUUCUGUCAUUAGGGUCAAUUGUCAUUAUUACAUUUUUUAUAAUAUGGUUUCCAUUCUUGAAGAAUGUUAACCUUCUUUUACAGGUUGUACAUCGUUUGUUUCCUCUGGCAAGAGGCGUUUUUGAGGAUAAGGUUUCUAAUGUGUGGUGUUGUUUGAAUGUUAUUGUGAAAUUUAAAGAAAUCUUUACCAACUUGCAAAUGGCAAAACUUUGCUUUGUUGCAACCUUGUUGGCUGUUCUACCAAGUAGCAUGGACAUUCUUCUUCGACCAAGAUUAGAUAAGUUUCUGCUUUCUGUCAUUAACUCUUCUCUUGCUUUCUUUUUGUUCUCUUUUCAAGUACAUGAGAAAAGCAUACUUUUUGCAGCUAUACCAGUUGCACUUUAUCUUCCUGUAGAGCCCUUACCUUGUUUCUAUUUCCUCAUUGUUUCUACUUUCAGUAUGUUGCCACUUUUACUUAAAGAUGGACUUUUAAUUCCAUAUAUUGCACUAACUGUGUUUUACUCAAUUUCUGUUUUGUUAACAGUUAAUUUUGGUUUAAGAGACCUAGUAAAUUACCCCAUUGCAUUUACACCACCAGGCGCUAAAACAAACCAACAAAAGAGUAAGAAACCAGUGAGAAUAUAUGCAGAGAUACAGCCAUUUUUAUUAAGGAAACAUUUCCUUUUAAUAUUUUUUGUUUCAUUGGCAGCCUGUUCUGUGCUGACAGUAUGUAGUGUAGCUGUCAGUCCACCAUCUCAGUAUCCUGACCUUUUCCCACUCCUAAUUUCAUUCUAUUCAUGUGCACAUUUUAUUGUUUUCUUUGCUUAUUUUAACUACAGACAGAUAUUCUUUUUCAGUCACAGUUCAAAGCUGAAAUCAAAGUAAUAAGUUACUCAUGCCUUGUUUGUUGAAUGCAGGAUGCUUCCACUUGUUAUUUCAAAGGAUAACGGAUGUAAUUCACAAAUACGCCUGUGACAUGAAAUGUAAAUGAGUUUUGUACACUUCCAGUAUUAAUACCAAUAUGAAAUAAAAAAGGAACAAUAUACUGUGCCUUCAGAUUGUAAAUAAAACAUUUGUUGCCUGAUAUGCUGGUUUAUGUUCCUCUACACAUUUUCAUGAAACUCCUUCCUAUACUGAUCUGUGUAUACAUAAGCAGUUUCUUUCAAGGACUAUCCUAUGGCAUGGAUAUUGGCACUUAUGAAGUCCUGAU